AUGAUGGUGGCAUGUCGAGCAAACAGCCUCAACAAUGCAUUUAAGCUGGGAGUCUUGCCGCCGCCACCGCGGACAUCGAUUGACUCAACAACAUCGGAUCUAGACCACCUACUCUCGAACGAAGAACAAGAGAACGAAGAAGACGACGACGAUGACCAGACCGAAGACGAAAGCCUCCCGCCCAUCGACCGCGGCAAAGGAGCCUACUCCUUCCUCCUCGGCUGCUGGCUAAUCGAAGCCAUGAUCUGGGCUUUCCCGCUCGCGUUCGGGGUCUUCCAAUCUCAUUACACCAAUCACUUCCUCUUCAAGUCGUCCUCCCAUCUCAUCCCCACAGUCGGAACACUAGCGACGGGGUUGAGCUAUCUACUCAUGCCGUUGACGAACGCUAUUGCGCUCCGCUGGCCUCAGCAUCGGCGUACGAUGUGCUGUGUAGGCUGGAUCAUGUGUAUCUUCGGACUCCUUGGGGCGAGUCUGGCUACGCAUGUCUGGGAACUGCUUUUGUGGCAGGGAGUGGUGUAUGGGACGGGCUGGGUAGUGUGUUAUACGCCUUUAUUAUUCAUGCUGAACGAGUGGUUUGUACGGAGACGAGGACUAGCUUAUGGGAUUCUGUUUGGUGCUAGUGGGGUCACGGGAUUGUUUAUACCUGUCUGUAUGGAAUGGUUGCUUGAGAGAUAUGGGUUCCGCGUUGCUUUGAGGGUGUAUGCGCUGAUUACCAUCGUGGUCUCAGCACCGGGACUGUGGCUCAUACGACCUCGAAAACCUGCUGGACGAGUCCCGAAGGCUCAGAAGAAGAAGCUUGAAAGUGACAGCGACAGUCUGAGAUCUCUACGACCCUUUCUCACGAACAAGCACUUCCUCCUCCUAGCCUUUGCAGUCUUCACCCAAGGCCUCGGCUUCUUCAUCCCAAACAUAUAUAUCCCAUCCUACGCCUCCGACCUCGGCCUCUCCUCUGCUGCGAGUUCAAGUCUUCUGGCCUUGAUAUCGCUAUCACAAGUUCUCGGACAGAUAUGGCAAGGAUGGAUCUCGGAUCGAGUCAACAUCUAUAUCCCGACGGCCGUCUCCGCACUAGUCCCUGGAGUUGGUGCUUUGCUUCUUUGGGGUCCGGCGAAGAAUAUGGCGACUCUGGUGCCUUUUGUGAUGGUCUGGGGUUUCUUUAGUGCCAGCUAUAGUGUUCUCUUCACGAGGAUGUGCACGUUCCUAGCCUCUGAUGCUCGUGGCAUGGAUGGAAAUGGGGAUCCCGAGGGCACGACGAUGCUGCUCUAUGGCUUCUUCAGCUUCGAGCGAGGCGUGUCGAAUGUGCUUGAGGGUCCGAUCAGUAGUUGGCUGAUCGGCUCGGACAAAGCUGUGAAUGCUACCGAGUAUGGUUUGGGGAGGUAUGCUAUAGUGAUAUGGUUCACAGUGGUGUGCAUGCUUGCCAGCUCCUCUGUAGUAACUGGGUGGAUGUGGAGGCCAAUGAGAUAG